ACCAUCCUCGCCAGCCAGCUCCUAUUGCUCAACAAAUCCGGCUCGGGUCCCGUGGAUUCCUCCAAGCGCCCUCGAACUUGCAUCCUCUGUGGCGGCGGGUCAUUCACUGUUCUAUCCUCUUUCGGGUCUGACCCCGUCACUGCCGUGCUCCCGGCGAUCGUUGUCCUCAGAGCCACCAACUUCCCUCUUUGAGAGGCGAGCUUCCCGCUAUCGACUUGUCCCGACAUCAACGUUCACAGCCUCGCCAUGGCGACUCGAGGACCCCCCGGCGCUCGCGCCAUGAACACCCGCUUCGCGCAGUUCAAACUGGUGCUGCUAGGCGAAUCCGCGGUAGGAAAGAGCUCGAUCGUGCUACGGUUUGUCAAAGACCAAUUCGACUCGUACAGAGAAUCCACGAUCGGCGCCGCCUUCCUCACACAGACCAUCUCCCUGGACGAGAACACGACGGUGAAGUUCGAGAUCUGGGACACAGCAGGCCAGGAGAGAUACAAGUCGCUGGCACCCAUGUACUACCGGAACGCGAACUGCGCAGUUGUCGUCUACGACAUCACCCAAGCCACAUCACUCGACAAGGCCAAGUCGUGGGUCAAGGAGCUGCAGCGGCAGGCCAACGAGAAUAUCAUCAUUGCGCUCGCGGGGAACAAGCUGGACCUGGUGGCCGAGCAGCCCGACAAGCGAGCGGUCCAGACAGCCGACGCCGAGGCGUACGCAAGGGAGGCCGGCCUGCUCUUCUUUGAGACGUCGGCCAAGACGGCGGAGAACGUGCAGGAACUGUUCACCGCCAUCGCCAAGAAGUUGCCCCUUGACCAGGUCGGGCCGAGGCACACCCGGCCGGGCCAGAGACCGGGCGUCAGCCUGGCGCCCGAGGGCUCCAACACGCAAGUUGCAGGGCCGUGCGCUUGCUGAGGGAAUCUCUCGGCGCAAGUGAGCGACGGAGACAUUUGAGAUGGAGGAGGGCAGGGUGCAUUGUGCCGCGGAGCCAGCCAUGGUCUCGCAUGGGCCGGUUGCAGGAGGCCAGCCGCGGUCAUAGAGCAGGUCGCAGCACGUUACUUUUUUUUUUUCUUUAGGGGGACUUUUGGGGUCGGAAGUGACGUCGGCGACGGAUGUCUAACGUUAGAGCGGUGUCUGCUGGAUGAUGACAGGCAUAGGGCGCCGUUUAAUACCUUAUUCAUGGGUCUUGUGUUGUUUUUGCUUUAUUGGGGCACUGGCUACUGAGCCGCGCGUGGCAUGACGCGGGAAGAGGCGUGCGUUCGGGCUGGUUUCUUUCGCUGUACAGUAACUAUCCGAGAUAGAGCAACAGCUUGCAACGACGCCGUAAUUCCUAAUUA